AUGGUGGCAUUGCAUUUAGUUCCAAAACUACCAACAUCAAGAAUGUCGGCAGAGUUGUUAUUACCAUUAUUGACUAUGGUGGCAUUAGAAGUAGAGCUAGGAGUGCUUGAGAAAAGAGCCAUUGAGGAAGGUAUCGAAGACAGCAUCAACAGAAGAAUGACCAGAGGAAAAAACUCUCUCCUCAGAACAAAUCUAGGUCACCAUAAUCUCAACUGGAGUGUUACAGAUCACGCACAACUUUAUGGCCUUGUUGAAUAG